AUGUACUGGAGAAAUCAUGUUAGAAUUCUUUUCACUGUGAUUCUUGUCUGGCAAGCUGUUCAUUUAGAAAAAGGCCCUGAAAAAGAAGAAUGGAAAGAAGUUGUGAAAAGUCUCAAUGGUACAGCACAAAAGCAGCAGCCCAAGAACGAAGGGACCUUUACAAAUGCGCUCAGUGAUAUGAAUCAGAGUUACCAAAGUAGAAAGCAACAGAGUUCCAGAGCUUUAGUACCUUUCACUGGAAUUACAGAGAGUAAAAAACUGAACAGACGCUGCUGCCAGAAUGGAGGAACUUGUAUCCUGGGGUCUUUCUGUGCCUGCCUAAAGCACUUCACUGGCAGAUACUGUGAAUAUGAUGAACGCAGCUGUGGCAGCAUUCCCCACGGCGUCUGGGUGCUGAAGGACUGUUGGCUUUGUCGAUGUGGCUAUGGCACACUACACUGUCUCUCAGAAAUAACACAGAGUAACUGCGAACUGACAUCGGAAACAGAGGAAAUUAUCAAACUGUACUCCAAUGGUUUAAGAUUACAGCAAGCAGUGUUUUCAGUUACUUGCCUGCUUGCCAUCCUUCUGGAGUUCUGCUAG